UGAAUUAGUCUGUCUUGUGACCUUGACAUUGUACACUUUCAUAAAAAUUUCAUGCACGAUGUCGGCGGUAACAAGAUUAUUUCUGUCGUCAACACGUCCCACUGGUGCACUCAAAUUCAUAAGGGCUACAUUUGCUACUCAGCCAGGGAGCAAAGAACACAUCGAAAGUCUUAUAAAAGACAAAAAACUGGUAGUAUUUAUGAAGGGCACCCCUGACGCUCCACAGUGCGGGUUCAGUAAUGCGGUUGUUCAGAUUUUAAGAUUCCAUGGCGUGAACGAAUUUGAUUCAUAUAACGUUUUACAGGAUGAAAAUGUCAGACAAGGCAUCAAAGACUACAGUAAUUGGCCCACCAUCCCACAAGUUUACAUCAAUGGGGAAUUCAUAGGAGGCACGGAUAUCAUGAUUGAAAUGCAUAAAAAUGGAGAGCUGAUUGAAGAGCUUGAAAAAAUUGGUAUUCGCUCAGAUUUAUUAGACAAUCCAGACAAACAAGCGUGAUACAUGUAGUCUGAAGCAGUGAUGGAGUGGAAGGAUGCUGUUACACAUUGUCUGGGGGACUUAAAUCCAGGUUUUCACCCCAGAGGAGGAUUAUAAUCCAUACAAACAACAUGGCAUGCAUUAGGAAUGACAAAUCUGAAAAUAGAAAGAGAUAUUGGGCUCGUUUUUGAACAAGUGUAAGAUAGGAUUGGUUUCUCACCCAGAGGGAUUUUAAUUUAAUAAAAAAGGAGUACUAGUAUGUCUGAACACUGAACAUAAUUAUUGAAACAAUAAAAUAGAACAAUCCGCAAAGGUUAUGUAAUCCAAUACUCACAGCAAAGACACCUGGUUAGCCUGAACAGCAUUGUUUAAUAGUAAUUAUGUGUUAGUAUUGUUACUCUUAUUUGUUCCUUAUAUAUUUUAUUUUAUUAAGACGGCAUAGACAAACUGAAGUAGCACAAGUGUACUAACAAACAAGUGCAUGUUAUUAAUCUCAUUUUAAUGCCAAAGUGUUGUUUAUAGAUUGAAAAAUGAUAUUGUAUUUUAAAAAGCACAUUAUAUAAAUUCCAUUUUUGUAAGGCUUCAUAACUUGGGAGGUUUUAUGGUUAAAAAAAAAUUCAGGGUUAAAGGUUUUUAAGGAAACAUAUGAAGUAAAUGCGCUUUAGUUAAAAAUAUGUGUCAGUUUCUUACACAAAACCAGUAAUAUCCAUAUGUCAAAAAGAUUUGAAAGUUUUUUUAAAUGAACAGAUAUUAAUGUCUUGCAACAGAGCAAAAAGGAUUCAAAUCUGUACUUGCAGAAUUUUGGUGCUAAAUUUGACGUAGUUACUAGUAUUUUCCCUUUGGUCCAUAUCAUAGAGAAAGUAAACAAAACUAUCUGCAAAUAUUAUUUUAUGGGAAAUAAUAUUUAAAAACUGGGAUGAUUCUGUAGGUUACACUAUUUGCAACAGUAUUGUGGCAUUUGACGACGAUUUCACAUAAAGACUCUUCAUAUGCAUCUUUAAUAGUUGUAUUUGUAAUCUUCCUUUGAAUAACCCCUGUAAAAUAUAAAAGUUGAUAUUAGA